UUCUGGUUUGUAAAGUGCUUUGGAAUUUCUUCUCUGUAAACUCUAUGUAAAUAAUCCCAAAAUAGGAUGCUUACUUUAAAUAUAUGUAUAAGACUAAAUGUUUUGUGACAAAGUGGAACAAUGACGUCCCCCUGCUUUUGGAAUAAUACUAAAGAUGUCGCUGUUAGUAUUUUGAUUUGACCUCACAUCGACGACAAUUUUAGACGAUCAAAGUUUGGCAACUUACCCUACAACAUCCUAAAGUUAAUUCCAAGAUGUCACUCAAGUCCUGCUCUGUUCUCCUGGUGAUAGCGAUUCAGCUGUGUUCCGCGAAUCUCGUCAUCACAGCAGACGAACAGAAAACAAGCGAUAUCACGUGCUGGACUUGUCCUAUCAAGAAGAACAACGACGCGUGCAACGAUUGGGCCCCGGAUGUGAGAUGUCCUAUAAACAACACCGUUUGUAAGACGACCCACGUACUGGACAAGACCACAGGACAAAGUGUGUCCGUAGUCAAGCAGUGUGCCCCUCCCUCCGAAUGUGACCCGGAAACAGUCGGCUGUAACACUGUCCCAGAUACUGACCUCAUUGAGUGCGUCUCGUGCUGUGACCAACCCUACUGUAAUGUUGCCGUUCCUGUCAACACAACCACUGCCAUCAAGUUGUCAUCCUAUUUUAACGGCGCGACCAGCCUACAUUUCGGCCUGCACGUGCUGACCUCCAUCAUCGUCAUUGGUUACCUCUUCACAAGUGUUCUGAACGGCCAGGGUUGAUCAUGGUCGGAUUCGUAUGCAUGACAUAUUAAAGUAUGUAGAAGCGCUGGGCCAUUUCUAAAUGACUAUGAAAUAGGCGUCUCCGAAAGAGAUUGCUGUCCAAAAGGAACAAUUCUAAGGAGUCCGCGUAGUUGAUAUACCAACUCAAGUUGCAGUUCCCAUGGGAACACAGUCACACGUGAAUUCGAUUGUAAAGCAUCGCGUUCGCACUUGCAGAAGUUCCUUCCGUUUGUGAACUUCACUUCAGUGGUAAAUUACUCACUAUUCAGACAGGAAAGACGGCAGUGUCACAAAAAGUGGACCAGUCUUAUGUGUAGAUCAUACGUUUCAAUAGUUUGUCACUGGAACUGAAAGUAAGUUUCUUCAAACUAUGCUCAGCUCUUCCACAGAGUUUCUGUGCAAUGCGACAUUUGAGGGACAGAAUGACUAGGUGUUUAGUGUUAAUUCCUCAGAAUAGACAAUGGAAUAAAUCCGGAUAUUGCCAAAGAUUUCCGAACGCUGUCAAUUUGAGAUGUUGAUGGUGCUGAUCAGUGAGCAACUUGUCAAAUCGUUCAGAAUGGUGUUCGAGUGUGUACCCCAAGUUACAAUAGAUGAUUUGAUUCGUUACCUUGGCUGCUGACAUCUAAUGUGUUCGGUUUACAGUAUCUGGUCAUAAUUCUCUAAGACUUGAUGAUUACACGCCAAAACAUUUUUUCAAAUCGUCGAUCUUGCUUUCUAGUUUAAACACCAACAGGACUCGGAAUCCUGUUACAGAUUCUGGUCACAAUUUAUUUUCUCCAAACCUUGGGAAAAUAAUAUAAAAUGAGUUAUAAUGAGAGUCUCGAGACAGUUUCUGAUUCAGCUUUGUGAAGACAUUAACGAUGUGUAUUGGUACGAUAAUGGAUUCCCGUAGUAACACUCGCCUUAAAUCCGUUUUGGACAACUGCUACCAGACGAUAAUAGUGCCAAGUGUCAUGUACUGUAUAAUGGUGGUAAUACCUGGUAUCGAUACACGUCAUAAUCAUUCAUUGAUUUGAUUGAUUUUGUUGUAAAUAACAUAUUUUAUGUACAUAUUUGUAUAUACACGAUAAUUUAUAAUUAACUCCUGCUGCUAACAUUAAUCAAAAUCAUUUACCAGUGAAUUAUAAUACUCGUUAAUCAUGACGUCACAUUUUUAAAUACUCAGUUCUCUCUAACGAGGAAGUACGUUCACAGAAUUUAUCGAGGUUGUCUUUAUUACUGAGACAAACACGUGCAAUAAAUAUUUAAAAUAAAAACCAUGUUGUCGUUUCUACAGCGUUAAUGAUGAUAAUCGAUAUGAGACAAUAUUGUUAUUUUAAGAAGUAACAGGGCAUUGGGGAAAAGAACAUCAAAACGAUGACAGGACAAGUAGACAUGAGAUGUACAUAACGUCACUUGCGUAACAUUUAAAGUCUCUGGGCCAGGGAGAAUUCAUUUCAAGUCAUGGGAUCGGGGAGAAUUCAUUUCAAGUCAUGGGAUCGGGGACAAUUCAUUUCAAGUCACGAGGCCGGGAACAAUUAAAUUCAAGUCACGGGGCCAGGGGCAAUUCAUUUCAAGUCACGAGGCCGGGGGCAUAAAUUUCAUGUCACGAGGUCGUGGAUAAAUCAUCUGAAGUCACGGGAUCGGGGAUCAUUCAUUUCAGGUCACGAGGCCGGGGGCAUUCAUUUCAAGUCACGAGGCCGGGGGCAUUCAUUUCAAGUCACGAGGGAGGCCGAGAACAAUUAAAUUCAAGCCACGGGGCCGUGAACAAUUCAUCUCAAGUCACGGGACCGGGGAAUAUUAAUUUCAUGUCACAGAGCGGGGACAUUCUUUUCAUGUUACGGGUCCGGGAACAAUUCAAGCCACAGUUUCCGAGCUGGGAAUAUAUUAGAUUCGACAUAUAAGAACAAUCCUCGUCAUCAUCAUAUAUGAUUUACCUCUUUGAUGCAUUGCAGCCAUCUAUUUAAGAGUUGUAACAGUAUGACAAACAUUGGCCGUGGUGAAAUGUACAACAAAUAAACGACGAAACACUCAUUACCAGCGAUGAAGCAACAACCUUUCUAUGUAACAAAAUACACGCCUUUUCAUCAGAAUUUUAUAAGUACCGUUGUCAUCCUAUAAGCUAUUGGUCAGGUUUGAACCAGUCAAUGGCUAAGAAACAGCCUUCAUUUUGUCAUAGUUCAAGAUGGCCGACAAAGAUAUGAUCAGGGGAAUCUUAUUGAAAAGCAAAGAUGAAAAUAUUAUGAUACUAUUCAUCCAGGUACAAUGUUCAAGCGUAUAAGCGGAUGCUUGUUAAACGUAAGCUGUCACCCAUGUCAGAUAGAUAUACUUAAAUAUCUGUUCUUAGAUCAAAUAAACUUGAUUUCAAUCAAAAUGUUAUCUCACAAAGUUUUUGAUACUG